AUGGAAAAUGGCAAGAAGGGUUCUGCCGGCGACGCGGCGCGCCACGUGUGCGAGACGUGCGGCUCCGUAUACCGACACCCCACCUCGCUGAAGCUGCACAGGAAGGCGCACGAGGGCCGCACCACGUGCCCCGUGUGCGGCCGCACUCUCUCCGUGGUGGCGUCGCUGCGUGCGCAUAUGCAGAGCGUGCACGGCAUGUCGGAGGAACACGUGCGCCGCCUGGUACCGGGCGCCGCCCGGCAUCGCUACAGUGCCCCGGCUCGGCCGUCGGCCGCGCGCAUCGCUGACCGCUCCAGCGACGCCCACGGGGUGUACAAGUUCCGCUCGUCGCUCACCAAUCACCGACGCAGCCACGAGGGCCUGACGCGCUGCCCGCGCUGCGGCGCCGUCUCCAGCAAUGUCCACAACCUGCGGAUGCACCUGCGCGUCGUGCACGACGUCGGAGCGGAGGAGGCGGUCCGACUGACGAUCAUACCCCGGCCGGCUGACGGCAGCUCGAUCAAUCUGAUGGUGGCGAAGCGGUGGCCAACGCCUUCGUACAAGCACCGCGAGUCGCUGUACCACCACAAGAAGAAGCACCUGGGCCUCACCAAGUGCCCCGUGUGCGGGAAGGUGUGCAGCAUCGUGGCCGACCUGCGCCGCCACAUGGAGGUGGCGCACCAGCUUUCCUCCGAGGACGUCCGCAAGAUCAUCCCCACCAGCCUAAAGACCGCCUCUGCACGCCGGGGCGCACGGCCCUGCUCGCUCUGCGACGGCGUGUUCAGCGCCGUGUCGGCGCUGCGCCGCCACCUGCGCGACGUCCACGGCCGCUCCGAGAGCGAGGUGUACCGGCUGAUCCAGGACUGCCACAUCGUGCCACGACAGAUCCAGGACUGCCACAUCGUGCCACGACAGAUCCAGGACUGCCACAUCGUGCCACGACAGAUCCAGGACUGCCACAUCGUGCCACGACAGAUCCAGGACUGCCACAUCGUGCCACGACGGAUCCAGAACUGCCACAUCGUGCCACGACAGAUCCAGGACUGCCACAUCGUGUCACGACAGAUCCAGGACUGUCACAUCGCGCCUCAGUAA